AUGUGCACUUCGAGAAAUGAAACUUCGGAUUUAGGCAUCGGACAGCGAAACUUCGGAUUUAGGCAUCGGACAGCGAGAGGGAUUAAUAAAAGUGAAAAAGUCACUNACAACGGAGUCGCCGAGACGGUUCUUGAAGUUCUCAAGAUUUCGUCGCUGCAGUUCCGUCAGAUCUUUUGCUCACCUUACGGCGGCGGAAAAAGCAAAGCGAAGAAGAAGAAACAGGAGAAAGGAGAAGAUUUGGUGGAGAAGAGAGUGAAGAGGUUGAAGACGAAGUUUACGGCGGAGCAGACGGAGAAAAUGAAGGAUUACGCGGAGAAGCUACGGUGGAAGGUGAGACCUGAGAUGAGAGAUGAAGUUGAAGAGUUUUGUGUAGAGAUUGGAGUAAAUUGGAACAAGUUUAAGAUUUGGAUGAACAAUCACAAGGAUAAGAACUGAUGAGUUUACCAAACUCUAUUUUGUGUAACUGUGUAAUGAUGUAAUGUGUAAUAUUUAACGAUUU